UUAACCAACAUAAAAAUGGACUCUGAAAAUUUUACACAAACCGUGGAUUAUGAUGUUGUCCUAGACAUCAUAGGAACCGAGUUGCCUAAAAUCGAGCCCUUCCAAAUAGUGACCCUGGUCUGCUACGGGCUUGUGUUUAUCCUGGGCGUUCCCGGUAAUGCUCUGGUGGUGUGGGUAACGGGGUUCGGCAUGCCUCGCACCGUCACUUCCAUCUGGUUCCUCAACCUCUCCCUGGCCGAUCUUCUGUGCUGCCUCUUCCUCCCAAUCCUAAUGGUGCCAUUGGCCCACGACGACCACUGGCACUUUGGCCCCAUCGCCUGCACGCUGUUCAAGAGUCUGUUCUACCUGGUGAUGCACUGCAGCGUUCUGCUGCUGGUCCUGAUCAGUGUGGACCGCUGUAUGCUGGUGAGCUGGCCCGUCUGGUGCCAGAACAACAGGCGCCCUAGGAUGGCGGUCUGGGCCUGUGGGGGAGCCUGGGUCCUGGCGCUGUUGGCCACCAUUCCAGAGCUGCUCUUCACCAGGGAGGAGGCUUUGGGCAAAGAGAAGAAGGAGUGCUUGGGAAAGCGUUCUCAGGUCAACUCCCAGAUCAUCAUCGGUUUCCGUUUUGUUUUUGGAUUCCUGCUUGCUUUCGUGGCCAUCGUGUUAAGCCAUGUUGUGGUUUACAUAAAAGCCAGUUCGUUGUCCGGAUCUAUCCGCUCCAAACGCACCCUGAAGGUCAUCAUCGCUGUUUCCACCAGUUUUUUCUUUUGCUGGCUGCCGCUGCACAUUACGGACAUUCUGAUAACUUUACACAGUCGAUUUUCUCUGCAUCGGCCGAACAUAAACAAAGCACACUCUCUUGCUCUCUGCCUGGCAUAUUUCAACAGCUGCCUCAACCCAAUGCUCUAUGUGUGUCUGGGUCGUGACUUCAGGUCCAGCAUGAAUCGAACCCUUCGCAGCCACUUCAACUUCAUCAGAGAAGAACCCACGUGCCGUGAGACCAGUGCCACUGUCAACUCCAGUGGCACGGCGACUGCAGAGAUGACUUGUGUCUGAUGGAGUAAACCUAAAUUAGUAGCCAAUGAAGUAGCACCAGUGGCGGCUGGUGAUCCAAAAUGUUGGUGGGGCACAGUAUUAGACAGGGGGUCUGGGGUCCCCCCCCCCCCCCCCCCAUAAAAAACAAAAACAUUGAAUUUAAUAGAUUUGAUUUCCUGUAUUCUGGUUCAUUUUGGGGAUGGCCACUACCUAUUACCUACUAUUCAUUCAGAUUCAUAGCCUACAUCCUGACUUGCAGGGCCUGGAUAAUCUUACACUGCAUAUGCAGACCUACUUUAUGGCCAUUCCACCAGCCAUUGCUAUUUGACCCGUUGUUGUUAUUCUGAUAUUGAGACUGUUACGUAUUUUAAGAAUCUAAGCUACCCACACAUAGACCCAAUGAAGCAGGACCAAACAUAUAAGCCGUAAAUACUAUACAUAGCCACAAGGGGAGCAAGACCUUAUUGGAGGCUGCUCCAGCCACAGAUAGCAGCGCUUUUAUAUAUACGAAGAAGCCGAAGCCAGUACGGCACCCCGGCCACGCCCACUAGGCCACGCCCACUUGACGGUCUCUACCUGAGGACAAGGGGUGGAGAUGGCCAGAGAUCAAUAGGUAGACGACAGAGAGCCACCCGGGCCUAAGCCCGGGGGGCUUGAAGUAGAUCACGGUAUUUUCCUCUCACACGUGUAGAUACAAUUCCCUCCGUAUAGCUUCAGUUACCAUGCCGAAACAUGCCUACUUUAUAAUAAAUGAAGUGAGUUCAAAGCAACCCGGGAUUGGACAACUUUCUUCAAGAAUAUGCAACAAGACAAAACAUAUUUUUGGGAGUCUUAAUGUCUACUUCAAAUGCAAUAGAAAUAUGGGACAGUAAAUUCUGUUUAUAUGCUACAGGCCAAAAGACUAAAUUAAUAUGUAACUUACUUGCUCCUUUUAAGUAUAACAUUGCUUGGGGAGUCCAAUUCCGCUACCGAAAUGGGUGGAAAGUGCUUACAACUCUCUGCUAGUUAGCGAUCUAUCUCUUCUCUACAUGUAGUUGUGUUGCGUUAAUGCUGCUGAGGGAGGUAGCCUUUUUGAUUGAUUAGCUGAAUUGUCCAAUCAUGUGGUGAUAAUAAAAAAAGAAAAGCGA